GUGGUCGGGUCGGGGUGGCUUUGCCGACAAAUCACGACAUCGACCAAACGAACCAUCUCGCGCUGGUGCCGCAAAAAUCCCCAAAUCCCACCGCCGCCGCCGCCGCCGCCGAGCCCCAGAUCGCCGCGCCGAACACGAUGGCCGCGUCGUCGCUCGCGGCGGCGCUCCUGGUGGGGGCGUUCGCCCUCCUCGCGGCCCCGGCGGCGGCCGAGAUCCGGGAGACGGUGAUCCGCAGCGACCCGCGGAGCAUCAUCCCGCUCGACGCGUUCGGCUUCUCCCACUCGGGGGUCCUCGAGCUCAACGUCUCCGGCAUCGCCUUCGACCCGCCGGCCUCCUCCGAGCUCGACCUCUCCCAGCUCGGCUUCUUCCUCUCCACGCUCGACGCCUGGGUGCACGUCCUCCGCCAGCUCCAGGACCUCGACGUCACCUGCGCGCUGCAGGCCGACCUCGUCAAGCUCGCCUACUCCUUCGACCGCCUCAGGCCGCCCUCCAACCCCGCCGGCGUCGAGGUUGCCCGCUCCUCCUCCUUCUCCACCGCCUUCCGCGUCUCCGAGCCGGGCCAGUACACGCUCGUCUUCGCCAACUGCCUCGGCGGCGGGCUCAAGGUCUCCAUGGACGUCCGCUCCGCGAUGUACAACGUUGACCCGCCCACCGGCGAGCGCUCCUACCUCUCCGCGGGGGCCACCGCGCUCCCGACCAUCUUCGGCUUCUUCGGCGUCGUCUAUGCCGCGCUCGCCGCUGGCUGGAUUGCCAUCCUCCUGCGCAAGCGCGCCGCCGUGUUCCGGAUCCACUACUUCAUGCUCGCCGUGCUCGUGCUCAAGGCGGUCAACCUGCUCGCCGAGGCCGAGGACAAGUCCUACAUCGAGCGCACUGGCACGGCGCACGGCUGGGACGUGCUCUUCUACAUCUUCAGCUUCCUCAAGGGGAUCUCGCUCUUCACGCUCAUUGUGCUCAUCGGCACCGGUUGGUCAUUCCUCAAGCCUUAUCUGGCCGACCGAGAGAAGAAGGUCCUUAUGGUGGUCAUCCCUCUGCAAGUCGUGGCCAACAUUGCGCAGGUGGUGAUUGAUGAAUCUGGGCCGUAUGCUCGGGACUGGGUCACCUGGAAGCAGAUCUUCUUGCUGGUUGAUGUGAUCUGCUGCUGUGCUGUGCUCUUCCCGAUUGUGUGGUCCAUCAAGAAUCUCCGGGAGGCUGCCCGCUCUGAUGGGAAGGCGGCUGUGAAUCUCAUGAAGCUCACCCUAUUCCGCCAGUACUAUGUGGUUGUAAUUUGCUACAUUUACUUCACACGUGUUGUGGUUUAUGCACUGAUAACCAUCACCUCCUACCGGUAUCAAUGGACAAGUGAUGUAGCAAAGGAGCUGGCCACCCUUGCAUUCUAUGUGUUCACUGGAUACAAGUUCCGGCCUGAGGUGCAUAACCCAUACUUUGCAAUCGACGAUGAGGAGGAGGAGGCUGCUGCUGAGGCACUCAAGUUGGAUGAUGAAUUUGAGCUAUGAGGGUUUACAAUUACCAGUCCCUUCCUUGCAACUGAUGAUACAGAUAUUGUAUGUGCCUCCAAAGGACAGAUGGUAUAGACUGGUAUCUAGUCCAUAUCCUUUUUCUUUUCAUUUGAAGUUAGUUAUAUUUUUCUUUCUGUAACUGGUUAUCGGCGACCUUGUGUUUGUGUUAAGAAAUGCAGCAGCUUGGAUUUGCGUUGGUCUAAUCUAAAAGCAUUGAGAUGAGCUGUUCUGAUUGUACCUCUGUAGCAAAUAUUGUAUCUAGAUGUUUACUUCUCUUGUAAAAGAAGUUGACUAUGAUUCAGUUUGUUAAUUCAUUUAGUGCUAACU